AUGCCUGCAGACGAUGAUGUCGAUGGCUUGGAGGCUGCAGAUUCUCCGAACUUUGAGGAGGAAGGGGCCUUUGGCUCCCGUGGGGGCGCCUUUGCCUUGCUGGGGGCGCCGCUGAAGCACAGAGGAGGUGCGGUGUUGCAUGACGGCGAGGAUGGUGAUGCAGCCCUCGCUGCGCUGCAAGACCUGCUGAAGGAGGGUGACGAUGCCGAAGAAGCGGCAGUCGAAGAGGGUUUCGAGGAUGAACUAGUCGCUACCGAGCUUACUGAGAGCUUCACCGGUGAAGGUGAAGAAGAUGAGCCCAUUGCCUUGCAAGCCCCCACGGCAGGAAAGCCGGCGAGAGGUCCUCAGCAGAAUGGCAAAGCACAUGGGAAAGGCAAGGGUGCAGGCAACUCUCAAAUGCCUGACCUAAUGGAAGACUCCGAGGAGGUCGACGUUGAGGUGGAAGUCGAAGAGGAAGACAAUGAUGAAGACGAAUUGCCGAUUGUCAAGUCCAAAGGCAAAGCCAAGCAUGGCAAAGGCAAAAGCAGCAAGGGAAGCAGAAAGGGUGGAAAAGGCAACGGCAACUCCAAGGACAAGCCCGUGGACAAUUCAGAGAUGUCUAAAAAGGGCAAAGGCAAGGGAAAAGCGAAGGCGAAAAGCAAAAGCAAAGCAGUUGUCGAGAAGGAGCCGGAAGAAAAGGUGGAGGAAGAAGAGGAGGAUGAUGAGGAGGACGAAGAUGAAGACGAAGAAGAAGAAGAAGAAGACAUUGGCAUCAGCAAGGGGAAGGCUUGGCUCAAAGGCAAAGGCAAAGGGCCCAAUGCAAUGGAUAGGGGACGAGGUGCCAAAGGAUCCAAAGGCCAGAGCGCAGACGAUCCAUGGAAGCAGGAUAAAGGCUGGGGUAAAGAUUGGACCUCCAAAGGCUGGAAAGGAAAGGAUAAAGGAAAAGGCAAAGGUGACGACUGGUGGUCUUCGCAGUGGUGGUCGUGGAAGGGCGACUGGGGAAAGGGAGCUUGGGGCAAGAGUUCCUGGAGCAAGGGGGACUGGGGCAAAGACGACUGGGGCAAAGACAGCUGGAGCGAGGACUCCCGAGCUGACGCUCGGCGCCCGCGGGAGCCGAUGCCGGAGCCGUCCGAACCCCCUCGGCAGCGACCACGGCGCGAGGAGGCUGCGGCGGAGGUGAGCGAGCCCACCACCCGCGAGGAGUGGAUGCGAGCUCAAGACAGAUUUUUUGGGCAUCUUCGUGCGCUUCCUCCGGACUGGAUCAGGAUCCGGUCCAAAAGCACACGAACGAUCUACUAUUACAACACAAAGACAGGAGUUUCACAAAAUGAGGCGUUUGAAGACUGGAAUCGCCAGGGCAUUGCCUCCCACAGCAGUUUCACGGCCAAGGACGUCGCAGAUGUCUCGGGGAGGCGGCUGAGAUCAGAGCUGACGAACGAGGAGGCCUUUGCCACUCUGCGUCGGGGCCCCAGCGCCGAGCCCACACAGCCCAUGCGUUGGAAGAUCACACAGGUGGAUAGAAUGGGAGAUGCCAAUGUGCUGUCAUCGAUUUUCAGAUUGACGGUUGGAGAGAAGGGCAUGUGGACAACCGCGUUCGCCACCAUGGGGCACCGCCGCAACACUCUUGGUUCGAGCACAGGUGCUGAUGAAACACCUCCGAAGAAGCGAGCCCGCAGCACGAAGAGCAGUGCACCAAAGGCAGGUGCUAGCUCAGAGGACUUCGUCCUCGCAGACCUUGUGAAGGCGCCCAAGGUGCAGCGAAGCCAAGGCACAGAUUCCGUGUCUGAAGCUGUCGCUGCCGAUGGCGAGGCCCGGCGGCGGCAGGCGCAGCCCGCUGCCCUGGAAGAGGUCGUCAUCGGCUGGUACGUCGGCUCUGCGGAUCCAACGCCCAUCCGGCUCGUGAGAAAAGGGAAGGAGCUGGUGCAGGGAGAAGUCUUCGAGACACAGAGUGAUGAAAUCCGAAAGGAGUACCCAGAUGCCCCGAUUGCCAAAGCACACCGCGCCAAGUACAACUGGGUUGCUGAGACUGCAGGGGGCCGCUUCACAAGAGAUCCCACAAAGAUGGUUCCCGCCGUGCGCACUGCGGGCAUGAUUGGGAAGUGGACCUGCGAUGUUUGUGGAAAGACCGCCUGCGGGCAGCUCUUUGUCUUCCGAGCCUUCCUCCGAAAGGAGCACUUGCGUGGAUGCGUGGAGAGGCUCUUAGAUCCUUUCGUGGCCUACAUUUCAUCGCGUUGUGGCCGGGGCUUGCUGGGGCAGCUUACGGAGUACAUGCGCUUUAAGGAAGAGGUUUACAGAGCAGCCCUCAGCCUCACCACCAAAAGUGUCGACAUCGAUGAUGCACGUUCUCAGCUGGAGGAGUCCAUGCGUCGCUGCAGCCGCGAGGACCGUCAAUUCCUCAUUGACGAGUUGGAGAGACUGGCUGGAGUCGGUGUUACGGGCGCGACAAAGACGGCCGAAAUGGAGCUCCGCUGGAAUCAAGUGUGGCAACACGGUCUGGAGUCCGUGGAGCGAAUGAUGCCUGGCCAGGGUGGCGAGGGCCUAGUGCUCCUCCGCAGUGCCGAGGAUGUCUUCCGUGCUAUGGCACGGACCCUGGCGCCACGUGUGAAUGCGCGGCUUCUCGCAGCCGCGGCCGUGGCAGUGACGAACGAAGCGGACCUUGAGGGCUACCUGAAAGGCGCCGCUGCCAGCCUCGGGGCUGGUGGGCCGUUGCCGCAGGCCCCUUUGAGGUGGCCUUUCCGAGAGGUGGUCAGCUGCAUCGAAGCUGCCCUCCGUGCUUCCAACGGGGAGGAGUCAUCACAUCUGCGGGUGGAGCUGGCAUGUUCCUGGGACUCCUCCAUCAAGGUGUUUGGUCCGGACAAAGCUGCUGUGACCAUUCGCCUGGGCUACUUGCAAGCCAGGCAAGCCUUGCAUGCGUUUGCAUCCUCGUCGAGGCCAUCCAAAGAAGAGGCCUCGACGCUGCAGCAACGCCUGGAGCAGGUGUCUGGGGGUCUUGCCGCGCUGCAGGGGCCUCAAGAACCAGACCGUCGCUUGAGUGGAACGCCGGCCCUGCCUGCCAGCCUGCGCCCUCGCCACAUUGGUCGGGCGGAGAGCUUGGGUUAUGGUUGGCAUGCUGCCGACUGGGCACAGAGACUGAAGGACCGAUUUCGCAUGGGCCUCCUCUCCCGCUUCGUGCCUGGCACGGCUGAUGAGCCGAGUUGGGGGAAGCUACUGGCACUAGGAUUCGGAGGCCUUGCGGCUGGUGGAACGAUCUACUGGGCGCUCUCGAGGCAAUUCGGAUGGAACCGUGCACGGCGGGUGCGCGUCGCCAGCCUGUACGUGUACCCCAUCAAAGGUUGCAGAGGCCACCAACUCUCCAAGGUGCGACUCACAAAGUGGGGGCUGCAAGAUGAUCGAGUGUACAUGGUCGUGAAUGAGAAGAACGAGUUCGUGUCGCAACGAGAACUUCCUCGCAUGGCCUUGAUCCAUCCCGACUUACCAACAUCAAGUGGUAUCACCCUGCGCGCUGCUCCAGAAGCAGGAGAGGACGUGGAGCCAUUGUUGGUGCCAUUAAAGAUGGAUGGGCCGGAGAAGUCAGUGAGAGUUUGGGCGGAUUGGGUGCCGGCCAUCGAUCAAGGCGACGCAGUGGGCAAGUGGCUGUCAAGUUUGAUGCGGACUGAUGGCCUGCGAUUGGUAAGAAUUGCCAAAUCAGCUCAGCGAACUACAGACCCGAAGUAUGGCGUUGGGGAGACUGCCUUCUCUGACGGCUUCCCCGUGCUAGUCACAUCGCAAGCUUCCAUGGUGCUGCGUGCAGGAGGCCCGGUCGUGGGUAUCGACCGGUUUCGACCCAACAUCCACGUCGAGGGCUGCGGUCCAUUCCAGGAGGAUGAGAUGAGGUCCUUGUCUCUGCCAGGUGUUCAGCUGCCGUUGGUGAAGCCCUGCUCCCGUUGCACGGUCCCAGGGAUUGACCCACAGACCGGGAUGCGAACGACGCAGACUGGUGGUGCCAUCACGAAGACCCUGCGGGAGCACCGCUCUGGGCGUCUGAUGGCCCGAAGUGCGGCACUACACAGAACAUUCUUCAGCGAAUCCAGAAGAGCAGACGAUGUCUACUUUGGGCAGAAUGCUCUGGUGUUCCUCGACGAAGCAAGUGGAGCAGAGAUCUCUGUCGGCGACAUGGCUGCCGUGUCAUGGAGUGCCGUGCUACUGUCGACAGACAACGGCUACUUUGUGCGGGAUAUGCUGGCAGCAGACUUUGACUUCACCAGGCGGCCACUGCGCCUGGUCACGGGCUGCUCAGGCGCCGAGGCUCCGCACUUCGCCAUGCGCCAACUUGUGGGCCACGAAGGCUUCGAGCAGCUCUUCGGCUCCGAGAUCAACGAGAAUCCGCGGCGCUUCAUCCUCAGGAACUGCAAUGCCCAGCACCUGUUUGAGGAUGUUUGCCACGUCAUGGAAGGUUCUGGCCCAUGUGCUCGUCAUGGCGGCCGCUGCUCCGUUCCGGAUGGGGAGGUGGACAUUUUCGUCGGAGGUUUUCCCUGCACUCCGUAUUCUUUUUGCAAUCCCAAGCGGUUCAAAAGGAACUGCUUUACUGAGCCUGCAGCCGCGCCCUUCUUCGAGAUGCGAAAAUUCAUUGCUCAGAGGCGGCCGCGUUUGGUGAUACUGGAGAAUGUGAGGGGUUUGCUGGCACCGAAUCCGGAGACCGAGCACCCUCCUAUUGACUUCAUUUUGCGAGGUCGGAACCCAGAGAACCAAGAGGAUUGCUAUCAGGGCACCGAGCCCAACGCUGAUUGGGGACUCAGCCUCAUUGAGGGCUAUGGGCUCCGAUGGGACAUCCUGUAUUCAUACGACUGGGGGCUGCCGCAGAGCCGCCCACGAGUCUACAUUGUGAUGGUCAGGGAGGAUGCGGGUGGUCAGAAAGCUGCCGAGCGCAUGUUUGAGGUGUUGACGGCCUGUGCUGGUCAUCUUCCGAGGGGUUCAUGCAACGACUUCCUCUAUCCUGAGACUUGGCUAACUGCUUGGAGCGGCCUGGACAUGACACGAUUAGGACGACCAUCCCAGGCUGGAGCUGGCGAUGCUGCGGAGCAAGGGUGGAGGAGGUCCGCGGAGAGCAUGCACCAAGUUCACAGAGGCUACGGCUCCCCGGCCACACUAGGGGAGUUGCAGUUUCAGACGCUCAGACACUCAGAUGUUCGGGGCUUCAGGCUGGGUCCCGUGCUUGAGGGACUUGGGAUCCCUGGUUUCAUCGGCAGAAGCGCCAAGGAGAAGAUGGUCGGCCAGCUUGACAUCAUUUAUGCCAUCGCGGAGAAGCAGGGCUUGGACUUCAACUUCCUCCUCGCCGAUCUUAGCCAGCAGGCGAGGUCGGAUGGAUGUCCAGAUCACCACACGGAGAAUGAGCUCGUCUUCUUGGCGGGGAACGCCAUGUCUGUGCUCUUCAGCUGCAGCAACUACACAGGGGACAGCUUACUGCCGGUCAUCGGGGCAGUUCUCUUCGCCGGCCUGGUGUCUUUGGACUGGGGCGACGACAGGCAGGAGACCUGGAAGUCCCUUGUCCAUGGGCUUCACUGCAAAGCCUAA